AUGCCUAUCCCUUUACCUGAUAUGCCCCUUUCUAUCGCUACGCCUGCUCUCGCCACCACACUCGCAUACCUGAAUGCGAAAUACUCACUGUUCUAUGAUGUGACAUUAAUCGGGGGCUUGAUCAAGUCCAUUUUUAAGUCUCGCUUGGCAGAGCGUCGUGACCAUCUAAACCUCUUCUAUGUACUGGAACAGCAUGCCCUGGCUCCGGCGACCAAGAACAACCAAUUCAUUGUCUACAAGGGCCGUGCCUGGACCUUUCAUGAAACCUACGUCAUGGCGUUGCGGUAUGGCGCCUGGCUGAAGAAAGUUCACGGAAUCAAGCCUAAGGAAAUCGUAGCGAUGGAUUUUAUGAAUUCUUCAACCUUUGCAUUCCUCCUUCUAGGACUCUGGAGUAUCGGUGCCGUGCCCGCAUUCAUCAACUAUAACUUGUCAGGGAAACCCCUGACACACUGCGUCAGAACAUCAACCGCUAGAUUAUUGGUGGUUGACGAGGAAAUCCGCCAGCAAUUUACGCCUGAGCAGAUGGAGAUGCUGGGCUCACCGGAGUUCCGUGAAGGUGGUGGGUCGGUCGAUGUGGUCUUUUUCACACCCGAAGUGGAAUCCCAAAUCAUGCAGAUGGAGGCCACGCGCGAAGAUGACAGCGUCCGAAAUGGCCCUGUCCUCCGUGAUUUGGCUUUGCUUAUAUACACAAGCGGUACUACCGGCCUCCCGAAACCCGCUAUUGUCAGCUGGAGGAAGUGCUGGUCCGGCGGCAUAUUUGUCACCCAUUGGUUGGGGUUGGCUAAGAACGAUCGUUUCUUCACAUGCAUGCCGCUUUACCACUCAUCCGCUUCGAUCCUGGGGUUCGUAACUUGCUUGAUGAGCGGAUCAACCCUGAUCAUCGGUCGCAAGUUCUCCGCUAGAAACUUCUGGCGAGAAGCGCGAGAGAACCAAGCAACGAUUGUACAGUACGUGGGUGAAACCCUGCGGUACUUGAUGGCCGUUCCGCCUGAGAUCGAUGCUGUUACUGGAGAGGACUUGGACAAGAAACAUAAUGUGCGCGCAGUGUUCGGAAACGGCUUGCGACCUGAUAUCUGGGGCCGCUUCAAAGAGCGUUUCAACGUCACCACGGUUGCUGAGUUUUAUUCGGCAACUGAAGGCACCAGCGGGUCCUGGAAUCUCUCUUCUAACGACUUCACAGCAGGAGCAAUCGGGCGAAACGGCUCGCUUACAACCUGGCGGGACCCUAAGACGGGUUUCUGUAAGGCGGUGCCACGAGGCGAGCCCGGUGAGCUGCUGUAUGCCAUCAAUGCGGCUGAUCCUGUAGAGAAUUUCCAGGGAUAUUUUAAGAACUCCAAGGCUACCGAAAGCAAGAUUGUUCGUGACGUGCUGCGAAAGGGCGAUGCGUACUUCCGCACUGGCGACAUGGUGCGGUGGGACACUGAAGGCAGAUGGUACUUCAACGACAGACUCGGCGAUACCUUCCGGUGGAAGAGUGAAAAUGUGUCCACAAGUGAAGUAGCCGAGGUAUUAGGAGCACACCCAGAUGUGCAUGAAGCUAACGUCUAUGGGGUUGCGCUGCCUAAUCACGACGGACGUGCCGGCUGUGCCGCCAUGAUUCUGCAACAACAGCACCAGGCCACCGACCCAUCGGUGCUUAUUCCCCCCACCCAAGAGACACUGAGCAGUCUUGCAGCCCACGCCCUAAAGAAUCUACCUCGCUUCGCAGUUCCACUUUUCCUCCGUCUCGCGCCAGAAAUGCAGGGAACAGGAAACAACAAGCAGCAAAAGCAUGUACUGCGGACCGAAGGCGUAGACCCGUCGCUAGUCAGUACUUCGGACAAGCUGUACUGGCUCCAAGGGGACAAGUACGUGCCUUUUGAGCAGAAUGACUGGAGCCGAUUGCAGGGUGGACAGGUGAAGCUGUAG